AUGCAAAGUGACGACCCCACUGGUAGAGAAUGGGUACUUGUCAGUAGAGGUAUACUGUCCAAAGUACUUCAGGAUGUACUCGACGAUGCAAUCGGCGUUAAAAAGUAUUCUCUUACGCACAGCGAUGACUGCUACCUGAUCAAAACCUUGAAGCCUCUCGAAGAAAAUCAAACGAAAUGGAUCGACCAUCAUGUCUUCAAAUCUACGUACAAACGCCAACGGCCCGAACGAUCACGAGCGUCGACAAAGAACCUUGAUGAAUGUUCUAAACUGCAAGGUCUUCCGCAACCAUCGAACGACCUCCGAAACCUCGCCAAACGAAGUCCGGAACCCCAUAGGACUGGAACCUUUGCGACCCUAGCACGAAAAAUGGAGACAGACAGUAACGGGGAAGCAACCACAGUGACCAAGUCCAGUGGAGGAAAUGAGACUGUUGACGCAAGAUAG